CUCUUGUAACAAUCUUAGAUUUUCUUAGAUUUGUUCUCAUCCGAAUGUAAUUACUCUACUUAUAAAUAUACGAAUACAUACUCUGUCUCUGGCAAGCAAUUCCAAAACAGUUUUGGUUUCUUUCAUGGUAUCAGAGAAUUCUAUAUAGCUCACGCUUUUCUCGAUCCUAUGGUUGUUUCCAAUUCUUCAUCUAAUGCUUCCGCUGCCUUUCAUCUUCCAACACAAGUUAUUUCUAUCAAGCUUGAUGGUACUAACUUUCUUGCCUGGAGUGCUCAAUUACUCCCACUUUUUCGGAGCUAUGGCUUGAUGGGGAUUGUUGCUGGUUCUGAUCCCUGCCCUCCUCAAUAUUCCAGUGAUGAGCUCCGCGCCCAAGGUGUUCUUAACUCUGCCUAUGUAGCUUGAUAGUAUAAGGAUUAAACCGUGCUUGGUUGGAUUGUCUCAUCCCUAUCUCCUUCGAAUGUUUCUACUAUGUAUGGUCUGGAAACAUCUCGGCUUGCUUGGCAGGCUCUCAAUUCAUGUUUUGUUGCACCUUCCACCUCUCAGAUUUCUCUCAUCAAGAGAAAACUCCAAUCUCUUCAGCAAGGCACCAUGUUGUGCCAAAGCUUUUUGGAUGAAGCCAAAUCCCUCUCGGAUGAAUUAUCAGUGGUUGGCAAACCCGUUGAGGAUCUUGACUUGAUUUUUUCCAUGCUCAAUGGACUCAACUCAUCCUUUCAUUUCUUUGUCACAACAUACAUGUUGCUUGCAAAGGAGAAAUCGAUGCCCUUUUCUGAUUUUCAUGUUGAGCUGCUCAAUUACGAUCUCAUGCAGAAAUUUCACAAUCACACCAUUAAACCUGAGACUGGUUCCUAUGCUCUUUACUCCCACAAAUCUAGUUCCAAACAAGGAGCACACAAUAACAACAACAAUCGGUCUUGCUCUUCAGGCUCGAUCACCUUGUCAAAUCUGCAAAAGAGAAAAUCACCAGGCAUUAGAUUGCUUCAACCGAAUGAACUAUGCCUUUCAAGGGAGACAUCCUCCAAUAGAGGUGGCUGCUCUGGUUAUUGAGGCUAAUACCGCCUACCUUAAUCAGCACCAAUGGUACGCUGAUAGUGGUGCAAAUGUUCAUGUUACUUCUGAUGCGGCUAAUUUGGAAAUCUCUCAGCCUUAUGAAGGCAAUGAUUCUGUCGGUGUAGGUAAUGGGACAGGUUUGAUAAUCUCAUGUACUGGCAAUGCCACUAUUAAAACUCCUUCUACUCUUGCUUUGAAUGAUGUUGCUUAUUGUCCUCAAGGUUCUGCCCAUCUCCUUUCCAUCAAUAAAUUUUGUAAGGAUAAUAAUGUGUUAUUUGAACUUAUUAGUUCCAAUUUUUCAGUGAAGUACCUCAAGACGGGGGACAUGCUCAUGAUGGGGCCCAGUGAUAGAGGAUUGUACCCGAUCAACCUUCAUCAGUUAUCGUCAUCUAAACUUCAUGCUUUCACCAUGAUUGUUGGGGUCAAGGCUUCUACUGCCACUUGGCAUUGUCGUUUGGGACAUCCUUCGUCGGCUACUUUGCAUAAUGUCCUUAAUAAUUAUUCUCUACAUAUUAGUGAGUCAUUCAAUAAAACGUUCAUUUGUAUGUCAUGUCAACUAGGUAAGUCUAAGUAGUUGCCAUUCUUUGAUUCCUCAAGAGAAUCAAUUGCUCCGAGAUA